GGCAUUCCCAUGCUGAAGAGACAAAGAGGGGGGACACGGGCGGAGGUGGGUGGGGAAGUAAAGCGCCGAAGAGUGAGGUGAGGCAGAGCUCAUUCAGUGGGAACGUUGAGCGGCGCAGCUCCUCGGAUUGUACUCACAGAAAAUCCCUCCGUUUGGUCUGAGAAGAAGCGCCUCCUGUCCUGGACCGCUGUGCGCUCUGCGGCUCGCUGUGGCUCACCACCUCUGACGCGGAUACGAAAAGACCCUGCGAGGGGACAAGACCAAAAACUUCUUUCAUCGUGGUUUUCAACAAAGUGCCAACAGUAUGCCUAAACAAGUUGAGGUGAGGAUGCACGAGAGUCACCUGGAGCCCAUCGAGGCCAGGCCUCAGUCCAAAUGCGCCCAAGUCUGCUCCAAAAUGUUCAAGAACCUUCUGCUCACACUCACCGUCCUCGGUGUGAUCUUGGGAGCUGUAGCAGGGAUGUUGCUUCGUGUUGCCUCCCCGAUCCACCCAGAUAUUGUCAUGGUGAUUGCUUUUCCCGGAGACAUCCUGAUGAGGAUGCUGAAGAUGUUGAUCCUGCCUCUUAUCAUCUCCAGUUUAAUCACAGGUCUGGCUGGCUUGGAUGCCAAAUCUAGCGGUCGCCUGGGCACCAGAGCUAUGGUCUACUACAUGUCCACCACUGUUAUUGCUGCUGUCCUGGGAGUCAUCCUUGUAUUAGUCAUCCACCCUGGCAACCCCAAACUGAAGGAGAAUCUGGGCGAAGGCGAGAAAAACGAUGACGUGUCCAGCUUGGAUGCCUUCUUUGAUCUGAUCAGGAACCUGUUCCCAGAGAACCUGGUGCAGGCUUGUUUCCAACAGAUCCAGACUGUCACAAAGAAGGUAGAGGUAGUUAUUGAGGAGGAGGUCAAUGCCACCGCCGUGGAGGGCCUGGUGGCUAACAUUACCAAGGAGCCUCAGUUCAUCGUCAAAAAGUCCCUGCACUUUAAAAGUGGCAUGAAUGUGCUGGGUCUGAUUGGUUUCUUUAUUGCAUUUGGCAUCUGCAUGGGCAAGAUGGGAGAGAAGGCCAAACUCAUGAUUGAAUUCUUCAACAUCCUCAAUGAGAUUGUGAUGAAACUUGUCAUCUUGAUCAUGUGGUACUCUCCCUUUGGUAUUGCCUGUCUUAUCUGUGGUAAGAUCAUCUCCAUCAAGGACCUGGAGGUGGUGGGGAGGCAGCUGGGCAUGUACAUGGUGACUGUAAUUAUUGGCCUCAUCAUCCACGGAGCCAUCUUCCUGCCAAGCAUCUACUUUGUUAUUGUCAGGAAGAACCCCUUCACCUUCUUCCUGGGCAUCUUCCAGGCCUGGAUCACCGCCCUGGGGACAGCCUCCAGUGCUGGUACACUGCCUGUCACCUUCCGUUGUCUGGAGGAGAACUUGGGUAUUGACAAAAGAGUCACUCGUUUUGUGCUCCCGGUCGGUGCCACCAUCAACAUGGAUGGAACUGCUCUGUAUGAGGCGGUUGCAGCCAUCUUCAUUGCCCAGAUGAACGGCAUCUACCUUGACCCUGGUCAGAUUGUCACUGUCAGUUUGACAGCCACCCUGGCCAGUGUUGGAGCGGCCAGUAUUCCCAGUGCUGGCCUGGUGACUAUGCUUUUGAUCCUGACCGCCGUGGGCCUGCCAACCCAAGACAUCAGUCUGCUGGUUGCUGUUGACUGGCUGCUGGAUCGAUUCAGGACCUCAGUGAAUGUGGUGGGUGACUCCUAUGGUGCGGGCAUCGUGUACCACAUGUCCAAGGCUGAGCUCGAGGAGCUGGACGCGCACACGGCCAAAUCCGACGACAUUGAAAUGAUGACGAAGACCCAGUCUUAUUACGACGACAUGAAGAACCACCACGAAAACAAUUCCAACCAGUGCGUCUUAACCGCUACCGCUGCCACAACCGCUACUGCCACUGCUAACAAUUCCGUCGUAGUAGAUGAAUGCAAGGUAACCUCAGCCACUAACGGCUCUGCUGCGGAGUGCACGCUUGUCGAGGAGGGACCAUGGAAACAUGAAUAAUGGCAGCACAGAGAUCCCCCUGCUCCUGGGCUCCACAAGCUUUCCUAUCUGGUGAUAAAAAAAAAAAAGAGUGAAUGAAAAAAACAGAGUCACACGAACAGAACUACUAAUUGUUUUUUAUGUAGUUUAGUUUUCUCUUUUCUUUUCUUUUCUUUUCUUUUUAAUUAGUCCCUUUAAAAGUUUUUGCAACUGUCUAUCUGACUGAUAUAUAAUACUAAUUCACUUAACCGUGAAAUGAUAACAGAGGUAUACUUUACCUGUUAUAGCACAAUUAUGUCCGUAUAGCAGAUACUUGCACAACAUACUUCAAGGCUCGGGGAGGGAAGGAAGAGAAAAAAAAAAAGUUAGAUAAGUAUUUCUAGCAAUACACCUCGGUUCUACGUUGAUAAGAUGAGAGAAGAAGUGGCCGUGUUACACGAGAUGUACUGAGAGCAUCCAAGUUUCAUACAGGUGAUUCAUUAUUCUAAUGCCCGAGGAUGAGUGGGAGAUAGAGCAUUAAUCAUGACAACCAGUGUAAUGUUUGUACUGAACUUCGUUGCUUUACUGUCGGUACCAUCAACAUGUGUGCAUAGGGCUUUUUUCAUACCAGCUCAGUCUCUCAUCUAAGAACAUCACCUUUGAUUCUCAAACUGUCAGAGACUUUAAAGUGCGUCUGAUUGCAUUUGCCCAACAUUACCCACUAUCCCUGAGGUCCGGCAAACUAAUGAAAGGGUAGGGAGGCGUCGAGAGCGGUAAUGAACGGGAAAAUCACACUGAGCCUCACAAACCUGCAAGCACACUCACAGUGGAAUUACAAAGCACAAAUCAUACCAUGGAUGCCAUUUUAUUUUUAUCCCACUUUAAUUAACUUUUUUUUUUUAUGUCGACUGUAAAGGAAAGGGACGUUUUUCUUUCUUUGUGUCACCUGUUGAGUGAGAUAUUAAACUUGUUUGUGUGUGUGUCUGUGUGUGUGGUAGAGAGAGCGCGAGAUAGCUGGAGUUAAGAACAUGACCAAGUCAAUUAUAGGGACCAAACAGGCAGAAAAUCAAUCAGCUCGCAGAGGCCUUUGAACUGCCUCCAUGAUGUCACUCAGAGCACAUUUUUCAGUUUCCUUGUGUCGAUGUUCAUUUUAAUAACCGGCUCGCACAGCAGUUGAUAUCACCACAUUUUCUAAAGACGCCUCAAAGCAUUGAAAAUCACUGCCCUAAAUAUGGAACUUUCCUGUCUCCCCCCAAAAAAAGUGAUGCCAAUGAAAUUAAAGCGCCAAAAUUAUUAUUGUAAAAGCAAACAAUAAUAAAUAAUUGACAUAUCUGAAUAAUUUGCAGCACAAAAAAUGAUUAUGUAGAGCACAAACAGAAUGAUAAAGCACAAAUGAAACCAAUGAGGAUGAUUUUAAGUCAGCGGCAUAAUCAUAGUCAUGCACGCUGUCGUUUCGCCUAUUCCGAGUUUAAAUUUGAAAAGUUAAAAACACAAUAAGGGACACUCAGGCUUGUAUUUUACAGGGAAAAAUGUAAUCUUAACAUGUUUACUUACUCGCUACAGAGCUUCAAAAUAAAGGCCUCUUAACAGCACAACUUUUAAAACUCUGAAAAAUGGCGACAGGUUACUGCAAAGGUCUUUUAUAAUAUACCAGGAAGGGACGUUUCCCAGCACUUACAGGAAGCACACACAUAUUUCAGACAUUCCAGUGGUUGCGUGACCCUUGACCUGUAAAAGCACAGAAACGGUUAUUACUGACAGAGUGCACAAGGUGAACCAUGAAGAAAAAAAAAGAAAUGGAGGAAGAGGUAGCACAGCGUUCGGCUGUCAGAUGGAUUCUUGGCUUGCACAAACAGAGACAGAUCAUUGAUGUAACACUCGUCCGGGAGGCUUGCCAGCUUCUUGUUUAGCCAGACCUAAAAAAACGGUAAACAACAAUAUAUUUCAGCCACCAGAGCUCAAGACUGUUUCUACAAACCCUAGAUGCUGCAGCUGUGUGUCCAUAUUGGUGUGAAGGUGUUUUUUUAAGGAAACUCAGAGCAGAACAAUGGACACUUCACACGCAUUAUGCACAUUAGAAUGUUGCCAACUAUCAGGUAAUACGAAUAUAUUCCUCUCACAGAACCAAAUGACUUAAAAACCACCUGCAAACACACAAACAAAGCUGGACUACUGGCUGUUAAUCUUUUUUUUAGUCUGUGUGAGUGAGAGGUGAGACUUCUGUGAUGUGGAUUUCUUUAUCGGUACUGUGUCCUUCUCUCCUGUCUUGUUCCUUUUCAUUUGUGCUUAACGACAACCUUGCCUUGAAGAUGUUCACUUCAAAUGCCAACAACAAAUGCCAAUUAAAGUAACACUAGGAAACCUAACAAAAACACUUAGCGCAGCACUCUGUCCUUUAGUUCCUGAAACACACUCUCAAAAGAUGUCUUUCACUUUGCUUCUUUUUUUUUUAAAGCUCAGCUAACAGAAGUGUGCUUUGAUACGACAUAGAGCGCAACUUCUGCCGCACACACACUGCACAGACUGAUCCACACACACGAAUUCAAGCGUGCACACAGAAAUUUCCACACACGUGCAAACACUCUUAAACCUCCAAGGUCGCUACAUUUAUAAUUGUAAUCAGCGAGCUGCAGAGCACUGACACCCUAACAGGCCACCUUGAGCCUGGUCUUUUGACCUUGUGAUCUUCAGGAAAAAGAAAAAAAAAAUCUCUCCAGUUAAGGAGACGAAGCAGACCAUAGUGUCAUCCAUGGGGAUUGAGUGUUGGACCACUAUUAUGUUCAAACUCACGGUUUUAGAAGCAUGAAUAAAAUAAAAAUGAUUAUUUUUUUGCACCACUAUCUUAAAAGCAUGAUAUUAUGAAGUGCCUCCUUGCACUUUGUGUAUAUAUUGUAGGUAACAGAUGUUUUUUUGUUUGUUUUGUUCAUUUUAUUUUCUUUUUUUGGGGGGGGCUUUGAAAUGGUAUAUAGGUACAUAGUUUCAUUGUGACAUUUUUAAUGUAAUCCUCUAGAAAAAAUAUAUCAUCUAUGUCCUGAGUAAAAUUAGAUUAGACAAAAUGUAUAGAGAGGAAAUCGUGUAAUAAAUUGCUUGUUUUUUUAUUCUCUAAUAGCUGUUAACUAGUUGUUUUACUUACCUGUCACACACCAAUAUAUAAAUAUCUUUUUUUUUUUUUAAUCUAAUGUAAGCGUUUUGAAUGUUUGUUCCAUGAAGAUAUAAGCAGUGUGCAUUCAUUUUCAUUGUACAUAAAUAAAUAUAUAAUUGUUCUGUUCAGUGGGGAUGCAGAAUUUUCCGGAAAAUUACAGUGAUCCUGACGCAAAUGCUGUUUGCAUGACGACGAGAAAAAAACAGAGCGAGAGGGGAAGAGAGUGAGGGGAAGUUUUUGGUUUGGAGAAAGGGGGCCAACAUGAGAUAUAUUUUGGUGGGAGUUACUGUGAUAAGAGGCUGCUGAAAAGCGAGAUAAAUAAAGGACAAGGUUAAAUUUGCCCUGUAUGUAGGAUAGAGCGAGGAAUCACACACGGCCUAGUCGUUGAUUUGAGUGAAGGAACAAACAUUAGAUGCAUUCAGAUGCCUGUUACAGUAUAAAGCAACAUUCCUCAGGUGACUCAUCUGAACCAUUUUGUCUUUUCAAUGAAGUAAACUGGCUUUAGUCUCAGGCAUCUUUGUUUACCUGGUGCAUUUAAAGCUGCAAGACAGAUAUCGUUUAGAUUCUGUGUUACCCUGUCGUCAUGCCACGUCUUCACACAUUUGACCUCCGACGUGCCAUCAACAUCACGGAGGUUUAUAGAAAUCCCACUGGGUAAACUGCCUUUACUCCACUUGCCUUUUUUUGUUUUUCGCUUUCUACACAGAAACUAUAUGCACGCACAAACACCUGGAACUUGCUGAGUAAACGGUACUGAUGAAAUGGGAAUUGAUUGGCGCAGUAUUCACAAACAAAGAGCCAGUAUAUCUUCAAGCUUGUCCUUUUCUACUGAAAUGUGUCUUUUUGAAGAAACUCCUAAACAGAGCUGAUAACCUGUCUCACUCCUGCCUACAACGUGCUUUCCUGAUCUUACUUUUCUAGGCCUUCCCUCUUUGUAAAGCUGUUGUAAUUUUGAUGUAAAGGCAGAGCGUAUGUGUGGGAGAGAUACACUAUUGAGAAAAAAAAGACAAAAAAAAAAAAACAUGAAUUCUUUCCUCGGUCUAUGGUAUACAUAAAAAAUCUGUUUCUACAUAUCAAUAAGUGUUGUACCUUUGGUGUACAUAUACAAAUAUAACUAAUAAAUGUUGAUUCAUAACUA